AUGGACGCCUUCACGCCUCAGCAGACCAUCGAGCUCGUCUCUCGUAUAGGUUGCAAAAAAGCUCAUAUGCGCCUGGACAAGCUUUUCUGGAACAGUUUCAUGUCUGGACCUCUACUGGGCUUUGGCUGUGCAGUACUUGUUAGCACGAAUGCUGCGCCGUGGUAUCAAGAGAAUGCACCAGGGCUCAUUAGGACGAUAGGCGCUUUGAUGUUUCCGAUCGACCGUAGAGUGAGCAUAAUCGAUGUGGCCAAGAACUGGAUCGUCUCGUACUUUGGGAAUCUGGCAGGGUCGCUCUUUUUUAUGGCCAUCAUUACCGGCUACGGUGGCGUGUUCCAGGAGGCAGAAGCGUAUACUCAUGCGGCCGUCAAUCUUGCAACACAAAAGGCCUACACACCACAUUGGCAUCAGAUAUUCCUUCGUGGAAUAGGUGCCAACUGGCUUGUGUGCUUCGCCGUCUUUAUCAGCAUCAGCAGCCGUGAGACCUCAAGCAAGAUCAUUGCUAUAUGGUGGCCGACGGCGACUUUUGUGGCACUUGCGCUGGACCACGUUAUCGCCAACAUGUUUUUCAUCCCACUUGGCAUCUGGUGUGGAGCCCCGUUCGGCGUAGGAUACUACAUCUGGAAAUCGAUGAUCCCUACACUCAUAGGAAACAUGAUUGGAGGUGGCUUGUUCGUUGGUGCCAUGUAUUGGUACCUCUAUCUGACUGGAGACGAUGGCGUGUCGGUGGACUUCAACACUGGCUCCCUUGCCACGGCCAUGGAAGCCGGCGGACCUAUGCGAAGGACGAGGACUGAGCAGGAUCGCGGAAAUGGCACGAUUAUUGGCCAGGAUCCAACAGAGCAAUUAUCGCCGCAACCGACCGGCCACAUGAUGAGUGGACUUGGCAAGGAGCUGGCAGACGACAGUCCAUACACAUUGACGCACGCCGACCGUGUGAAAAAGUCACGCGAUCAGGCUACGGACGAGAAGGUCUGA